GCAUCAUCACACCGAGACCUGGACCACCAUGCCGAGGCGUCGCCUCUGCAACCUAAAAAACCUAGGGAAUCAUACGAGUGGCUUGAAGAGGGUGCAGGUUGUGCUAGAGGCAGAGCAUGGCAAGGAGAAUAUGGAUCCCGAGACGCAGUGGACCAGUGAUCACUGCUUGUCAUUACGAGGGUACUUAUCUACUGGAGCUAAUCUUCGCCCGCCAGCCAUCUCAAUCCGGCAGUCAGGCGUCUGGAUAGGCCCCGGUGACGGAGAGGAGACAUUCACUUGGGACACCUAUUUUGUGCAGAACUGCUGCACAGCCGCCGCAUUCAGCAUUUACUUGUAUGACCGUGCCCUCACGUUCUCCCGCGAAGUAGACACCGUGUGGCGCAGACCGAAAUGGGGAUUCUGCGCCUUGUAUGCGGCCAUGCAUGUUUCUGCAAUCUUGUACUUCUCUGCAAACGUCGCAACAUGGGCUGGUCUAGAUUGUAGGAGGGACCGUUCCAUAUACCCAAUAUACGGGGCUUCUUGGUGUGUACUUUGUGCGCUACUCGGAGUGAUCACAGCACAGCGUGUCUAUGGCAUAUGUCAGGGACGCUGGCCGCUUCCAGCACUCGUAUUGACCCUGUUCCUUCUCGGGCCCAUCUACGCGAUUGUCUCGGUGAUCUACACAGUGUAUCAAGACGUUCCACUCCCCAUAUACUGUUUGAUAGGCAGCAAGCGGUUUGUUUUCACAAUGCACAUCAUGGCGGAUGCCAUUGUUCUGCUCGUGACAUGGCGGGCCACGUAUGCAGGUUACAAAGAGGCUCGACGCAGCAAGGCGCCCAUCUUCAAGUUCACCCAGCUAUUUCUCCAAAAUGGAUCCGUGCACUUCGGUGUUCUUCUCGGAUUCAACAUUGUCGUGCUAUCAGCCUGGGCUGUCAAUGCUCUGGAAUGCUCGAUGCUCGUCGAUAUAUUCGUGAUCGGCAUCCGCGAAGUGGCCUACCACGAUGACUCUGCGUCUACUCCCUCAGAGAUGUCGGAUGUCUACUUCUUCGAUCCAGAUCGAUCCGGGACACCCGAUGGGGAAGACGCGGUUUCCGACAUGUCUGGUUACGGUGACGAAAAGCGGGACGAGAGCGGAUGGCCCAGCGGUCGGGGAGUUCAUUGCUUGAGAAACAGCAAGAUAACAGUCUACUCUUCGAUGCGUAGCAACAUUACGUAG